UGAGCAACUUGACUUGGGGGAGACUUGAUAAAUUUUCUUAGAUCUUAAAAAUAUGCAGUCAGGAUCCUCUUUUGUAUUUAGCUCCAAAUCCAUUCACUACAACCGUAUUUCAUUUUUUAACAUUAAAAUGCAGAGAUUACAUUUUCUUUUAAUCCAUUCUAUCUUCUUGUUCUUCUUAUUUGCAUCUUCUGUUGUUACAGCUCAACGAAGACAGUCUAAUAUAAGCCUGGGAACUUCUCUAAGACCUACCACAAACUCCUCAUGGCCAUCAAUUUCUAAACUCUACGCCUUCGGAUUUUAUCCGCGAGGCAAUGGCUAUGCCGUUGGAAUUUUUCUUGCCGGAAUUCCUGAGAAAACUGUCGUCUGGACAGCAAACCGCGAUGAUCCGCCGCUCCCCAACAACACCACCUUGCUGUUGAGUACUGAAGGCAAGCUUGUCUUGCAAUCAGCACAAGGCCAAGGUACCGAUAUUGCCAAUCAGAAUUUUGUGUCUGCCUCUUCUGCUUCCAUGCUGGACUCUGGAAACUUUGUGCUUUACAACUCUAGUGGAGGAAUAAUAUGGCAGAGUUUCGACUACCCAACUGAUACUAUUUUGCCAACUCAACGCCUCCUGGCAGGACAUGAGUUGUUUCCAGGUGUUUCAGAAACAGAUCCUUCCACAGGGAAAUUCCGGCUUAAGAUGCAAAGAGAUGGGAACCUUGUUCAGUAUCCAACGAAUACCGAUGACACAGCUCCAUAUGCCUAUUAUGCGUCUGGUACAGAUGGGCAAGGUGAUAAUGUGACACUAAACCUUGGUGUUGAUGGCCAUCUUUACCUGCUUAACACCAGUGGUGUCAAUAUAAAGAAUAUUGCAGAAGUGUAUCCAACAGGAGGAGUACUUUAUUUAAUGAGAGUUGAUUGGGAUGGGAUAUUCAGAUUAUACUCACACAGUUUGAGACCAAAUGGUACAUGGUCCGCCGUGUGGAACUCGUCCCAAAAUAAGUGUGAUCCUAAGGGUCUGUGUGGCGUUAACAGCUAUUGUGUUUUAAAUGAUCAAAAACCUGACUGUGAAUGUCUUCCAGGAUUUGCCCUUGUGAACCAGAGCAAUCAGACUUCCGGGUGUGAAAGAGAUUUCAUUGCAGAAAGUUGCAGCAAUGGGCAUGGAUCUGUCAAAUUCAAGAUCCAAUCAUUGGAGAAUACUCUGUGGGAAGAUGUCUCAUACUUUGAUUUGUCAGAAACAACCAAAGAAGACUGUCAACAAGCAUGUUUGGCAGACUGCAAUUGCGAAGCUGCCCUCUUCAAGAGUGAUGAUAGGACGUGCAGAAUGCAAAGGCUUCCUUUGAGAUUUGGAAGAAGAGAUAUGGGUAGUGGAUCAAAAACUUUUGCUUUCAUCAAGGUAGGAAAUGCGUCCUCUGAUAGUAACAAUGUGCCUGGAGAGGAGAAGAAAUACCUCGGAACCAGUUUGAUAAUUACACUGAGCUGUGUAUUUGGCGCUUCUAUAUUUGUUGUUUUGGCAACUUGUGGGAUUUUCAUCCACAGAUAUCAAGCCUGGUCAUACAAAAGAAUUCCUGGAAAUGGUAAUUUCAGGUUAUGUGAGGACGUUUCACCGAUAUCAUUUACUUUUGCAGAGAUCGAAAAACUAACUGAUGGUUUCAAGGAAGAGAUUGGAAGAGGAUCUUCAGGUAUAGUUUAUAAAGGGACUAUGAUGCAUUGCAAUAAGUUUGUAGCUAUCAAGAAAUUAGAUAAGGCACUAGUUGAAGGGGAGAGGGAAUUCCUGACUGAGAUAAAGGUAAUUGGGAGAACCCAUCACAAGAAUUUAGUUCGUUUGCUUGGUUAUUCCUUUGAUGGACCCAACAAGGUGUUAGUAUACGAGUACAUGAGCAAUGGUUCUCUUGCUGAUCUACUCUUCACACCUGAAAAACAGCUUAAUUGGAUAGAAAGAAUGGGCAUUGCUCGGGAUAUAGCACGAGGAAUUCUUUAUCUGCAUGAUGAGUGUCAAACGCAAAUCAUCCAUUGUGAUAUAAAACCUCACAAUGUACUCAUGGAUGAGAGUAGGUGCGCGAAAAUUGCUGACUUUGGAUUGGCGAAGCUGUUGAAACCAGACCAAACUAACACUUUUACCGGCAUCAGAGGAACAAGAGGAUAUGUUGCACCAGAAUGGCAUCGAAAUCUACCUAUUACAGUGAAAGCAGAUAUUUAUAGUUUUGGAGUAGUGUUGUUAGAAAUCAUAUGUUGUCGGAGAUGUAUGGACCAAAACUUUCCAGACGAUCAAGUUGUUCUCGAAGAUUGGGUUUACCAAUGUUUUGAUGGUGGUGAGUUGAGGCAAUUGGUAGGAAAUGAAGAGGUUGAUCUAAAACAAUUGGAGAGAAUGGUCAAAGUUGCACUUUGGUGUAUUCUUGAUGAGCCAUCGCUACGUCCUUCAAUGAAGAAAGUUUUACUUAUGCUAGAAGGAACUGUUGAGAUUCCAAUUCCUCCAAGUCCUACUUCUUUUCUUACUUGCAUCUGAGUCUUGGUAUAGAAAAUAUAGCACAAUGGAUUUGCCAGUUUCAUUUCCUUCUUUCAAAUGUAUUUAUGUAGUUUAAAGAGUGAAUUUAUGUUCCACUUCCGCUCAUACAAUAAUAAUCUUUUUGUAUAGCUAAAAAUCAUAAUUUAGAAUAAGGUAACUUCAUUGCCAACAGAGUACGGUUCACAAUUUAA